GUCGAAGUGUUGUAUUUUGCCAAAAGUGCUGAAAUAGCAGGAACUCGUUCUGAGACCAUUUCUGUGCCACAAGAAAUAAAAGCAUUGCAGCUGUGGAAUGAGAUAGAAACUCUACAUCCUGGGUUGGCUGAUGUGAAAAAUCAGGUGAUACUUGCUGUUCGUCAAGAGUAUGUCGAACUUGGAGAUCAACUCCUCCUGCUUCAAUCAGGAGAUGAAAUUGCCGUUAUCCCCCCCAUCAGUGGAGGGUAACAAUGCUUUGGAGCCACUUGGGAAAGAUGUGAGUGAAGUAGAAGAGACAUCUAAAGAUAUAAUAAAAUUCACUGCUGAGAAACUUUCAGUAGAUGAAGUCUCACAGUUGGUGAUUUCUCCACUCUGUGGUGCAAUAUCCCUCUUUGUAGGGACUACAAGAAAUAACUUCGAAGGGAAAAGGGUUAUUAGUUUAGAAUAUGAAGCAUAUCUACCAAUGGCAGAAAAUGAAGUGAGAAAAAUUUGUGCUGACAUGAGGCAGAAGUGGCCGGUCAAGCACAUCGCUGUGUUCCACAGACUCGGCCUGGUUCCGGUGUCAGAAGCAAGCAUAAUCAUCGCCGUCUCCUCAGCCCACAGGGCUGCCUCUCUUGAAGCUGUGAGCUAUGCCAUAGACACUUUAAAGGCCAAGGUGCCCAUAUGGAAAAAGGAAAUGUAUGAGGAAUCAUCAUCAUCUUGGAAAAGAAACAAAGAAUGUUUUUGGGCAACCAAUGAUUAAAUUGCAUAAGCAUUUAGGGUGCUAACAUUGGUGAAAAUUUCAUCUUUGAUCACAGUUUAUUUUUCCUUCUCCAAAAGUUUAAGGUGGUUUAUUGAAGCACAGUCUCUUAUACUGGUGGGAUAAAAGAGAAUGAAAAGCAAAGUAAAUGGGCUUGGGAUGAAGGAUUUGCACAGGAACUAGAGAUAACGGCUUUAGGGAAGAGAUGGAAGGAUAAAUGUGAGCAUCGAGGCCUGUGGUAGAGGAGCAGGUUCUCCUGGCGACUCCCGCACUGAGGUGGGCUCUCUCCCGCUGCCUGUCCCUGUCUCAGUGAGAUCCUGUUUCCCCCCACUUCUCGUCCACUGAUGAAACUGUUAUGACAGGUGCAUUAUGGGAAUAUUUGCAGAGCUAGGAGUUAUAAAAAUGUGUUACCAGAGUCUCAAUAUUAUAUUUUUUGGAAUUUUUAUAUUUAAAAAAAUGAGCUAAAAAUGUUAAGGUAGCAUUUUCUUAUUUUUAAAAAACUUAGUGAUACUUGAUAUAGUAGAUUUCUUAUAUUUUGGAAUUAUAUUUGAAAAUUCUAAUAUAUAUAUUUUAAAAUUCUGUGCUGAGCAAUAGUACAGCGGGUAGGGCGUUUGUCUCGCUCGAGGCCGACCCGGGUUCGAUUCCUCUACCCCUCUUGGAGAGCCCAGCAAGCUACCGAGAGUAGCUCACCCACAUGGCAGAGCCUGGCAAGCUACUGUGGUGUGUUCAAUAUGCCAAAAACAGUAACAGCAAAUCUCACAAUGAAGAGUUACUGGUGCCCGCUCGAGCAAAUAGAUGAGCAGUGGGAUGACAGUGACAGUGAUUUUGUUAAUUAUUACCAUGGUAUCAGUAUGAAAAUCAACAUAAAAUCAUAGAAGCUGGCAAACUCACAAGCAAUAAGGGUGCUUUGUGUUUAUCAUGUUUAUUUAAAUUUGAUACAGCAAUCAAGGGGAAAUUCUAUGGUUAUUUGAUAUUUUCAUAUGGUGUUCAUUUUAUUUGCUAAUGCAAAAUAGUCAUUAGUAAAAUCAUUAAUAAAUUGUCUUUUCUGCAAGAUCUGUUUAUUAAGCAGUGAUCUAGGUUUUAUUGGUUUAUAUAUACACUGCCAGUAGAUCUGUAAGUUUCAUGGUUUCCUUUGUAAUAAAAUAUCAACACCAUUUUGGAAAAUUAAUAUUAUCAAAAAAAUUGCACUAUGCUUAUUGAGAACAAAGACUUUUCAGGUGCUUAAAUUGCUUUCUUAGUAAUAUUGUCAUGUCUUUUUUUUUUUAAUUUUUUAUUGAAUAUUGUCUAAUGAAACCUAGUUUUUUUUUUUCAACCCCAGGAAUUCAUUUAUUAGUAAAUAUUGAAUUCUUGUUCUGUGCCAGGCACCAAAUAUUUUUUUUAAAGAAGUUUUCCUUUAUUCAAUAGGCUUUCUGUAAGUCUGGAAAAGAGAUUAUUUGACCUGUUGGGCUCUAAUACUGAGUGAGAUAAGGGCAUUUGCUGGGGCCUGCAGAAGUUGGAUGUUUAAAGACCUUUCUUGGUGUGGUGUAAUGUGGUAGCUCAUCCAGCAGAGGGCACUAGAACCAGGUUUUCAGUUAGUUGCUAUCAUAUAAUACCAAGGAAUUCAGUUGUUAGCUGUUUUCUUUACUGUAUGUUAGAAUCAUUAGUACAUUAUUACAUUUUGUUAGAAUCAUCCUUAGAUGAAAAUGAAUAAACUAAGGGCCUCCCUCCAUGUAAGCUCAGCGUAUAAACAAAGUCUUAAGUUCCAAUGACUGGCCAUUUAUUGUUCCCUUAUUAUGUCUCUCUCUGGGGGCCAGCGGGGAGGGGGUGCGUGCAGGCAGAUGACCCACACCGGGAGGUGCACAAGACUUACUCCUGGCUCUGCACUCAGGGAUGACUCCUGCGUGCUGGGCAUGGAACCUGCAUCAGUCCUGUGUAAGGCAAGCACCUUCCUACUGCACUAUCACUCCAGUCCCCUGUGUUUCUUUUUAUCCUCCAUAUGGGGGAGAUCGUUUUUUUUAAAAAAAAUCGUGGGGUGGUGACACCUACAUUUAUACAGAUAUUAGAGCUCACCUAAAAGCUUCACGAAAUUUAAAUUAAUGAUAAAUUGAUAGAGUAAUUUUUUCAAAUAUUUUUUAGAGGUAUAUGUCACUGUCACUGUCAUGCCAUUGCACAUUGAUUUGCUUUUUUUAAAACAAGUAAAUACUAAAAAUGUACAAUUUAGUACAAAAAAAUUUAAGAUAUGUUUUUUUUUUGGGGGGGAGGGGUAACACCUGGCGAUGCACAGGGGUUACUCCUGGCUUAUGCACUCAGGAAUUACUCCUGGCGGUGCUCAGGGGCCCAUAUGGGAUGCUGGGAAUCAAACCCGGAUUGGCUGCGUGCAAGGCAAAUGCCCUACCCGCUCUGCUAUCACUCCAGCCCCCACCAGCUUAAGAUAUGUUUAAUAGGUAUCUUUGUUAAAAAUGUUAAAGGAUAUUUUGGCUGGACGGAUGAUGCAAUGGGUCGGGUGCUUACCUUGCAUGUGGCCAAUCCUGGUUUGAUUCCCCAAUACCCCUUAUGAUCCCCUGAACUUGCCAGUAGUAAUUCUUGAGCGCAGAGUUAGGAGUCAGCCCUGAACACCACCAUGUGUGGCCCCAAACCAAAAAAAUUAGAGAAAUUUUGAUGAGAGAACUUUUGUAGGUUUUACCUUUUUACAGGGUAGGGCUUCACAAACAGUGCUCAGAAGGCUUGGGGAGCCACCCUUAAGCCUGAGGGUGUGAUGUGAUAUACUGCUCUUUUGAGCUAUCACCGUCAGGGUGUCCAGGGCUGCACCUGGACCGUUUGGUGCCUGGCAUCAAUCCCAGACUGGGUGCCAUGCACCCUCACUGUUGUGCUAUCUUCUGCUGCCCCGUGUUUGUAGUUCUUACAAGUUGAUGUAGAAGAAAAGGAAUUUUUUUAAAAAGAGUAAGUAUAAAAUUACUUUACAGGUUAGCACAAAAUGGUUGCUUUAGGACAGGCCUGCAGUAGCAGUUCAUAACCUCUUGUGACUAAAAGAGAUUUGACGUUUUUUUUUUUUUCUUCAGAGUGUGCUUUAAUGGCAGAUACACAUCAGACAUACUUCCUGAUGGUUAUGCAAUGCACUGCCCUUAGGAUUUGGUUCAGGGAGCUGGGUGGGGCUGGGCAGAGCUGAGGAAGGCAAUUCAGCUGAUGGGGGAUUGGGAGAUAAAGGGCAAUACAGCCCCUCCUCUGUCAGCCCUCCUGCUAAUAGUAUUUUAGAAAUUAGGCAUGCAGAUGAAUGCUUUUGCCUGUGACUUAUUCUAGGCAUAUGUUUCACUUCCCCCACUUUAGCUGAAUAUAAAUCAUAAGGAGAUCUCCGGAAACUUUCUGUAGAGUGGAAAAUUCACACGUAGGGGCUAACUUCUGAAGGCAGUUUAUGGGUCUUUAAAGUCACUUGUGGGCACCCUGAUCAUAUAAGAGAUCAGUACCUCACUGUCCCUUUUGUGUUCUAAAGAAACUGAGCAUAUAAGUAGACACAGUGAAAUAAUAAGUCACAAAACUCAAAACUCAAUAUAAAUAUAUUUUUCGGAACAACGUUUAUGAUACUCAGUAGCAUGGUAAGUAUGAAAAUAGUGAUUUACAAUGAAAUAUUUUUGUCUAAAAUGAUUCCUGUACUUGACUACAAUGCACUCAACUCAUUUACAUAGAUUAUUACUACAAUUUGAUUUUUUUCUCAGAAACCGGAAGUUGUGCCAUUUGAUGUAACAAACAUGCAUACAGCUGUUGUUUUUAUGUUUUUGGUAGAGAGAAAAACAAAAACAGUUUAAUCAAAAAGCAAAUAUACUUAUCACAUCUUAAUAACAAUUGUUCAUUACAGGUGAAGGAAAAUAUCUAGACUAUUUCUCUUUGAAAUAUACAUUUCUAACAGUUCUGCAAUAUAUACAUUUAUAUUUUCACUGUAUCUGCCAAAAUAAAUCAGGUUACACAUGAAACCAUCUUUUUAUAUUAACACAGUUGCUACAUUUUCACCUUUUAAGGUUAAAAGUUGUAGUUAACAUUUUAUUCAAACUAUCUCCAUGUUUACUGUAGGUUUACUCUUUCAAUUUGAUUAAAUUGGGUGUGUGUUAAUGUUUAUGAAGUCCUAAAAAUGUUUAGCAUAGUCCAAAAAAGCUUUGCAUAUAAUUAUAUUCUGUGUGCAAGCUUCAUUAAAGUGGGCCAGGGUUUUUGGUUUGCAAAGACCUGCUUUUUAAAAAGUAAUUUUAAUUAAUUGUAUUUUCACAUACUAAGUUUUAACUGAAUACCAGAAGAGAUAAAUUGUACUUUUAAUAUAUGAUAACUGUGUUCAUGACAAA